CGUAACAACAAGGUGGCGCUAAGAAGGCAAACCACAGCAAGGCAGAUCAGAUAGAGAGUUUGUUUGGUGAAUACUUGUGGUUUCGUGUCGUGGUAAAGCUAUCAAGAAGCACCAUGCUUCAAGAAGAUAAUGGAAGAGUCAAAGUGUACGCCAGAAUUCGGCCAACGGCGAGAUUUGCGCAGGACAUGAUCGAACUCCUGCCGGAUGGAAAGUCCGUGAACAUUCACUGCAAGAAGGAUCUCAGAAGAGGCUACAUCAACAACCAGAUAUUAGACUGGAAUUUUCACCUGGAUCGCGUCUUGCACAACGCCAGUCAGAGCGAUGUUUACGAGGAAUGCGCUAAAGAUAUAGUGACGCAAGCCUUGGACGGUUACAACGGCACAAUCUUGGCUUACGGACAAACUGGAUCAGGGAAGACAUUCACCAUGACCGGAUCCACCGAAAAGUUUCAGCACCGCGGGAUCAUCCCACGGGCAAUUCAACAGGUUCAUAGGGAGAUCCGUGAAAGGCCCGAGUAUUCCGUGAGUGUUCGUAUCUCGUACUUAGAGAUCUACAACGAGCGAAUGUUCGAUUUGUUAUGUACUUUGCCGGGUGCUAUCACAACAGACCCAUCUCUCAUGACGGUGACUGACGAUGAUGAUGGAUAUACCAGGGUGAAAGGACUCAGUGUUCGUAACGCGAGUAGCGAAGAAGAGGCGCUUAAUCUGCUUUUUGAGGUAAGGGACUCUAACUAGUACCUAACUCCUAAGGGUCUCUAACUACUACUACUACUACUAACUUCUACGAGGAAGAAGCACGUGACUUUACACCAUCCAUAAAACAAAAGUAUACUCAAGCAUAAGAUCAGUAAACCUCAUUCCUAGUUUUCAAAGAGUUUAAAAUUAUCACCUGAAAAAUGGGGUCUUUCUGUAAGAAUUUUCAUCAGAAAAGAAACAAUGCAACCAAACAAAUAGAGUUCUCCUGGGCCUCCCGGUUGGUAGUAUUGUUUAUUUUGUUGUAUUGUUGUAUUGUAGUAUUGUUUAUUUUGUUGUACGUAAUCUGUGCCUCGGUGCCUACAGGAGGAACCAAAAAAUGGUUGAACUCUUUUAGACAGGUCACUGUAUAUUGUCAAUUAAGAAAGUCCAGAUUAGCGAAGGGAGAGUCACUCAUGAUUAAGAUGAUCAUUUGAGGCAAAACCAUCACCGAAAAAAACUCUUAAGAUAGAUGCUAGAUAAACAAGACCCAUGAAAAAUUAACCCCAGUAACAGACAUUAAAGAAAGCAACAUUUUUUUAUCAAUUGGCUCCCUGGUCAUUGAAUGCAGACCUGCUACCCAGAUCUUACAAGACCUCACAGGAUUGGCUGAGAAAACAAUAAACAAACAACAGUAACAAUGGACCCUAGCCUAGCCCUAACACAAUAGAGCUGCACGCUAUAGAUUAUUCAAUGAAAUUAGAGGUUCUAGAGAGCUGCAUACUAUCCGUCCCUAUCUCCUACCUUUGUAGCCUGUGCCAUAGGUGGAACUACACUGUAAAGUUCUUGUUAAGUGCAUCUGUGAAACAGCGCCAAAAUCCUCGUUCACAGUCCCCACUUCUGCACCAGUAUUUAAGUACAUGCCAGGAUUGGCCUGUGAAAAAAACCAUUGUCAAUUUACCAUUCAGUUUGAAGGGAAAUUUGAAACCAUUUCCGGUAAUUUAUUGAGUCUGUUGGGAAGCCAGAUUAAGGAUAUAGGCGCUGCCUUGCAGAUGUUGCUUACUGGAGCUACAAUCUUGGAAAAAACUGUUGAGAAAAUUGUAUACUUGGACAGCAUUUUUCUAAACAUCGUAGCUUUACCGGUUCUUCCCUCUCCCCCCUCCCCUGAAAGCAAUGUUGUUGUGUAUUCAAAAGAAAGCCUGAUCCUUGGGCAUUUGUGGGAAGCAACAUUGAAUUGGGGGAAGGGGUUUUUUUCCGCAAAGGUGUGGUUUUGGAAAUAGUUUUGUUGCGUAGGAAAGUGGACAUGAUGGGGAAAACUUUCUCAAGUAGUUUUGUCCGGGAUUGUAGAUUAUGUCUGUGAUGCAGGCUACCUCCACUGUCCCCUUUCUAAAGUAAAAGAAUCUGGCAUACACCCUUGAGGUAAGGGUCCCCCACUUGAAGCUGUUAAAUAGCAGGGUUAGGCAGUGUGGAAUGUGUGCAAUAAUGUUCAAGUUAACUGCAAUGUAGUCAGUUUGUUUGCUGUAAAUGGGAGGAGGGACAGGGGGAUCCAAACUUCCUGCCUCCCGUAACUUGCAUCCCUGCCCCAUUUUACUUGUCUUCUUUCUUUUUAUUACAGAUAAAAGUGUUGUUGUAUUACUUCCCCCUUUUCUCCCAUUUCCCAUCCCUUUAGAUCUCCCACCUCUUGCACUUUCCUCUCUCCCCUCCUGUAGCCCUCCCACCCCCUUCCCUCCCUUACUGUAAUGAAACUUUUUACCCUAUUCCAGACUAAGGGCCUCCUCUUCAUAUGAGUCCAGUUGACUGAGCUGGCCUGGUUUCCGAGAUUCCUUACCUCUGAAUCCUUUGUAAAAUUUUCAAUGUGUUCAUAUGAGAGGGCAGGCUGGCCUGGUUCCUGAGAUCUUGGUUUUUCCAACUGGGAUCCUGGUAAGCGGGCUGGGAAAUUUUUCCUCAACGUUUCAGCCUGGUUACUGGGAUGAAAUUCUUUGAAUGAAUGCUGCAUCAUCUUUCUUUGCCUGCUGUAUUUUCCACGUCAUAAGCAUCCCAUUUGAUAACAACCGGGCUUAUGUGAAGAGGCCUUAAAAUUAAUAACCUUUAUCUUAGAUUUCCUGAAACUAAACUGUUGCACUAUCAGUAAGUUUUCCAGUAAAUAACACUGGCCAGAAUUGUCCAAUUUUCCUACACAGUACUCAUUGAACUUCUCAAAUACAACAUCCCUUUCUGUAGGACUUAUAUGGUUUAAUUACCAUACAGGAAGAAUUUGUUAACAUUACUCCAUCCACCCAGCACUUAUUUUACACAACGAUUCAUUCCCUUUUGUUAUUAUCUGUAAGAUACUACUCUUUAUCUGUGUGGGUUCUGUUAGCCCUUAUUCAGGAGAGGUAGUUCAUUGAGCUUACUGGUAUUGGAGGUUAUUACUCAAGGAAAUGCAGUACACAUUGUCAUUGUUGACCACAUACAGCCUGUAUUUGUUUCGCGGGGGGCGGGUACUUGAGUAAGUUUUUGCUGGGUAUGUGCCGCUAGUCUCUAUGGCCAAUUAUAGACCCCGCAUUAGUCACUUUCUGUUUAUGCAUCUACCCUAUAAAGCCUUUUAACUAGGUCAUCUUGAAAUGAAUUGACACAUUUGUUACCCUUAAAGUAGCAAAAAUCCUCACGGUUUGAAAUCCCUUAUUACCGGAAUAGUCUUACCCCCAAAAUCCCAAAAAUGUGUGACCCCAUUCUAGUAACUAUUGAAAAUGCAACCCCUCUUUUGUCAAUCCAGUCGUAAAAAAUGCGACCCCAUCCAGCAGCUCAUCCCCAUUAGCCUAUUAUUAGGAAGUCCCCCCCCCGGGAGUUGUAGUCAGGAAUAAGCCUAGCCUGCGAAAACAGCCGUUUAUCCUCGCUCCUUGCCGCUUGUGGACGUUUCACGAGGAGAAACUUCCGGAUAUUCCACAAAAAUUGACUGUUUUGUUAUAGACUCAUCGCGUUUACAUUUGACCUUUGUAGCCUUUUGUCUUUUGUCUGUCAUUCGUAAACAGUAGCUAAAACAAUGUGACUAGUCCGUCGUCCAAUCAGCGUUUAUGACCGGAUUCCGGACAGAUUUCACGUCAUCAGUAUGAAAUUUCUGUUCCUCUCGUCGCGAAACGUCCACUAGCGGCGAAAAGAUGUGGAGAAACGGAUGUUUUCGCAGGCUACAAUAACCCAAGCAGGUACCAUAGGGGCUUAGCAUGUACCCCUGUCCCUUCCCUAAUGAGGAUUAAUGUCUGCAGAAAUGAAGCUAAUAGGCCUUCAAACUAUUUUAGGGAGAGACAAAUCGGAUCAUCGCUCAACAUGCUCUUAACAAGCGUUCUUCUCGUUCACACUGUGUCUUCACUAUCUACAUCGAGUCACAUUCCCGUGUGGAAUCCAACACGAAGUAUGUCACAUCCAAACUCAACUUCGUGGACCUGGCCGGAUCAGAAAGGCUAAGUAAAACGCUCUCUGUGGGAGAAACCCAAGUAGAGGCCAUGUACAUCAACAAGUCUCUCACAUUUCUGGAGCAGGCGGUGAUAGCGUUAGGUGACAGGAGGCGAGAGCAUGUCCCUUUCAGGCAAAGCAAGCUUACGCACGUAUUAAAGGAUUCCAUUGGAGGAAGAUGCAACACUCUGUUGAUAGCUAAUAUCUGGGGCGAGGCUGUACAUAUAGAGGAAACGGUAAUUUUAUUAAAUAUAUUGCGUGAGAAUUCUAUCACAAUUUCAGUUUGAUUUUGACCUUUGUUUGCUACCAUCUCUCUAGAAAAUAUCACUUUUUCUUUAUAUAAUUUGAAAUUUAAAUUACUGUACCUAGUAUUGCAGUGAUUGGGAGUUGCGAAGACUUUUUUGGGGGAUGGGGGCUAAAAAUUUGCCCUCUGAGACCUUCUUUUGCUUAAAAGGUUUGGGUAAGAGAUUGAAGUAACGUCUGACUUCUAGGAGUGCACCGGCGCUCUCGUAGAAUGGCUGUCGCCUCCUUAAGGGCGACAGAUCUGCUAGACUUCAGAUACCCUUUUAGUGGUUUGCCAAUUUGGCCUCCCUGCAUUCACACAUUAAUUUCCUAACUUAACAUUUUCUUGCGGCAAUGAUAUUGCAAGUUUUUGAAGCUGGGUAUUAAAACAACUACCGACGUCUUAGCAACCUGCGAGCCAGCUUUCAAUUUGAAUAUCAUAGGCGUUGAUAACUGUCAGCUGUUGAAAAGGAGUUAACGAUGAGUUAACUUGCUCUAAAACUUACAAUACCGGCACUUUUUUACAAUGCGGACUAAUAUUGACAUCUUUUCUGUGUUGUUCUUCUCAAAGCUCUCGACCUUGCGUUUCGGUAACCGUAUGAUGAACGUACCAUCAGAACCGGCCAUAACAGAGCACUUCGAUACGCUGCGACUUUGCAAACAACACGAGAAAGAAAUCCGUACUCUUCGCCAGGAACUCGCCAUGCACGACACCCUCACGAACCGUAGCCAAAUCUCUUACGAGCCGCUAUCCGAGUCACAAAUUCAAGAUGUCCGUGAACAAGUGAAACGAUUUCUAGCCGGGGAGCUAAACGACAUUGAGCUCGUUAAUGUUCGGCAGAUAAAGGAGACGUUCGCUCAGUUCCGAGUGAUUGUGAAUAGCAUGGAGUCGGACGUGGAAGAGAGGCUGCGACAGAAGUAUGUGCUUCAGGAAAGAGAUGGUGUAGCUUCUGGUAAGCAACAGAUUCCCUUAUUUUAGUGCACUUUAAAGUUUCAAAAACGAAUCUGGAUGGAUCCGUCCCUCUUUUUUUCCUUUGCUGAAGGUGAAACUUUUUAAAGGGGUGGUGUCACGGCUAGCCUGUUCACAGACCCUCUAUUUUCUCUUAAAAGUCCGUCGAGCGCGCGUGAUAAAAAUAAAAACAGCGCGGAAUUAAAUGACCGCUUGCACCGCUUGCGUAUGCGCUAUGGAACUUAAUUUUAACGAAGAAAUUGCUUGUAAACGACAAAAUCACAGCUUCUUGUCCUACAAAUAUACCUCCCUAGCAUUACAACAAACUUUACAAACGAAAAAAAAAAAAUGUAAAUGUUCGCCCAAAUUUUUUUAAAAGGCCUUUUUAUUAUAGAUUUUUUUUUUUUAAUCCUUUAAAUUUUUUUUUUUUAAAAUCCUUUUUGUUCAUUUAAAAGCCCCAGUUUUGGAUUUUUUCAAAUUUUAAUUUUUUUUUUUAUUAUUAUUUUUUUUUUUUGAAAUUAACCCUUCGGGCAAAAAAACAUAGAUACCAAUCGUUUGGAAAUUAUUUUUUUUUUUUUUUUUUUCUUUUUUUUUUUUUUUUUUUUUUUUUUUUUUUUUUUUUUUCCCCCCUCCUUUCCUUCUUCAAAUCCCCCCCCCCCCCUCUUCUUCUCCCCCCCCCCCCUUUCUCCUCUGCGCCCCCGCGCGGGGGGGCCCCCCCCUUCCUUGGGGGGGGGGGGGGGGGGGGGGGGGGCGAGUCUCCGUCCGAAAAGAGUACCUUUUUCAGGCUUGAGGUAUAUAUAAAGGUAUAGGGAUUUCACUUUGAGUAUAUGAAAGGGUAAGAAAAACUGUUACUACGGUCUGUGAAAAGACCUAACAGCUGUGUCACGAAAUUUAUCAAAACUCAUCAGUACAAACUGCCAUCAAAUUGAGUGAAAGCAGACCGCUCAAAACAAGGUUUUACUGAACCAGCGAAAACAAAAGAAGGCACGGUUGAACGAACUUGAAGAAGGUAAAACGGAUUGCAAUUAUAGUUUUUUGAAAACUUUUUUGGCUUGACAUUUGAUUUUUGUUGUUUGUAACGUUUGAUAUGAUGCUUGGGAGACAUGUUUGUUUAACGCGAAGCUGUGAAUUAGUCACUUGGAAGUAAUUUCUUGGAUUAAGUUAACCCUUUAAGUCCCAAGAGUGAUCAACAUCAAUUUUCUCCUAACAACAUCAGUAGAUCAUUAAAAGUAAAGGUUAUGAGAAUUACUAAAUUGAUUACCAAAGGGAGAAUGCUUUGAUCUUAAAGCAAAUUCUCCCAACUAUUCGUAAAAGAAAUGUAUGGAGAUCAGUCUGGAGAAUUUGUAUGUGGAUCUUGAAGCUUAAAGGGUUAAGUUCCAUUGAAAGUAAUGACGCGCAGUGAACUGUAACAGUGAACUGGAGAGACGUGACAAAGCCCCUUUUAAACGGAUGGUGACAAGUUUUGUGUGUCACAUUUAUGACUCUGACAAGAGACUUAAUCCAGUCCAGAUCCACAUAAAAUAGUCUAUGUUUGCAAAGUGAAACGAAUUUCUUUCUUUCAUCUAAUCACAGUCUUUUUCUUUUGUAGCUACCGGGGGUAAGCUAGGAACUGUCCCCGGUGAUGACAGUGGUUUGGUUGGGGAAGUGGACGGGCAAGGAUUCGGCGUUGGAGUUGCUCCACCAGGGGUCAAACCUAAUGUCUCCACCCUAGUGAGUACCAGAAAGGUGAAAAGCCGCAACAAAGGAAAAGAAAGGGAUAGUGCAAAGUCUCCUGUCACUGGUGGUGCGGGGCAGAGUGAUGGACAAGGAAGUGGUGAGGGACAGGAUCGGCUUCAGUCACCCUCGGCCCAGUCAGCUACUCAGCGCGCGGCCACGCCUCCUCCCAAGAGUCAAGCCUUUGAGGAAUUUAAACAAGAGAGAGGGAGCGAGAUUAACCGUAUUCUUAACCAGAAUAAAGGUAAAGUUUUCUCAAUAUACAGUCCACUACAAUUACUUCAGGACUGCUUAAGCCAUUAAGAGACUCGGAAGAAUGAUUUUUAUAUAACACCAAUGGAAUACCAGGUGACCUUUUGAGCGAAAACAUCUUGACCCUUGAAAAUAACAUAUCCUCAGACAUGAAAAGAUUACCGUUGCUAUGGUUAUACGCUAAAUCGCGCCUCUCGCAGCAAAAAAUUUAUUAAAGUGAAAUGGUUUGGUAUUUCAUUGGUGUUAAUUUAAUAAAUACAGUCCAAGCUCUCUUGAGCGGACACCCUUGGCCGCUUAUGGAAAUGUAAAAAUAGAGUUGUAUGGGAGUUUAGAAAAACGGGUUUUUAUGAAGGCGGCUGUUAGUAGAGCUUUCCACGUACGAGAUUGUCCGUUAUCAGAGCUUCCACUGUACAAAAUUACGUGGUCACUAGGAGAUACGAAAUUCUCUUCUCGUGUUUAAAAAUAUUCACUCGUCCCCUACGCCCGCUCACGAAGAAAAAUGUCUUAUCUCCGCGCGGCUAUGUAAUAUCUAUGUGCAGUUUUUUUUUUUAAGGUGAACACAGCGCUCCAAUGUUGUAACCGUUCGAAACAAUGUCGCAAUAAUGUUACAACACUGUGUUGCGCUGAAAAUCGUCAUUGCGAAUCGUCUCAUGUAACAUCACCUUUAGCUGUGAAACACUUAGAAACUGUAGGGGAGUCUAUGCUUCAUUCCAGGUCGAACUGAAAUUUGAACGAGUUGGUUUUGAAGAAAAGUGGGAAAAACGGAGCACCUGGAAAAGAAUUUCUUUAAGCAUUGAUCCGACCAUCACCCUACCCUUGCGCUUUCUCCCCUACGAUUACACAAAGUCGAUGCGAAUUAAGAAGACCAGUGUUGACUCCGUCAGACAGUUUUCAUGUUUCUACUUUUGCGUGUGCGUAAGUCCCUGGCCAGGUUGUGCGUUGGUUUGAAAGGGUCACUUGUUUUAAGUGUCCUUUUUAGCUUCUGUUUUUUAAAGACGCGUGCGCCAACCCGUCAUUCAAACAAAUUCGAUUGGUGAGUGUUUGUAGUUGUUUAAACCCUCUUAAAUCUCUCUCUUUUCAGAAAUUCUGCGGGAAAAGAUGAGGAAAGCGAAGGAACUAUCUGAGUCCGUCAAUAAUUUGAUGAAAGAGAUUAAUGACAAUGGAGUCUUACUUGAGACGAGGAGACAAGAACGACUCGAACAAGGAGAAUUCCGAACGGAUGAAGGACAAGUCGUGAUCGACGAAGAUGAAUACGAACUCGUUCGGAAAGUCAAGGAUCUCAAGUCGCGCUAUAGACGCGAUUACGAAGACCUGCUGAACACAAAGUCUGAAGUGACGUACUGUGAAAAGCUGGUGAAUCAGUGCAGGCAUCGACUGGUCACUGAGUUCGAUAACUGGUAUUCCCAGUCUUUCCUUGGAGCGGACGAUGAGUCGAAGUCUGGCCGAGACGGUCGAAUUCCGGAAGAUGAGCAAGAAAAAUUCGAUCGGCUUCAACUCGAGCUUUUAAUGGAGCAUCCCGACUCUGUGCCUUACUAUAAUGCGAAGAUGCAAACUGAGCGACGAAUGCACCUUACAGCCAGCGGCGGGUCACAAAAGAAGAGGAGACCUGGUGCUCUGAUUGCUACAGUACGCAACAAACCACCGACCUCGUUAACCGUCACGUGACUAGUCCUAGAGUAAAAACAUAAUGUAACUUAAAUUGUAAAAGGGGG